AUGGCCUUCUCCUCUGCAUUAUGCUUGAUAACUCUGAAGGUCAUGAAGGCCAGAGGAAUUGAGCAUCCUGGGAAUAGGAACUUUAAGGAAACAAAGCAAAAUAGAAAUGUACAGCAAAGCUAUAUGGAGAUAAAUUUGCACUUUGAAGUGAGAUAUGAUGAAAGGCAGAAGAGAGCCAAAGUUCACAUAGCGGUCGCUGUACUUGAAAAUGUUUUUGAGAAUGGGGCAACUCAAUAUAAAAUGCUAUUGUCUACCAUCACCCUUGGAGUAAUAGUGGCAUCUUAUGGGGAAGUAAGUUCUAGCUGGCGUGGAGUGGGCUAUCAGAUGGGCAGUGUUAUCUGUGAAGCGCUGAGGCUAAUUGUUAUCCAGUACACCUUCAACUCUAAUUCUUCAAUCAUUAAGAAAGGUGUUUUUAACAAGAUCUGUCGUUUAUUGCUCCAGCUCAACUUUCUUCCCUGUUCCAUGGAUGUUCUGGGAGAAGCCGAUGAUUGA